AUGAUGAAUGUUUUCACUCAGAAUGACCAUAUUUUCCCUCCAGGGCUUGGUCAUGGUAUAGCUCCACAGAUAGGGCGAGCGGUGGAUGAAGUUGUUGAUGAUGAUAUUUGUACUACUACCUCUACUGCGGCGUGGAAAGGCGAUGUGUUGGAGUUGGACUCAGCUCACCCUAAGUUUACCAUUGAUGGUGACACUAUUGUAGAGCAUGUUAUCAAACAGAAGGACGGGCCCUUUAAGAAGGCUUUCGAUCUAGCUGGGGUUAAAAGAAGUGAUGACACUAUAGAGGAAGUACGACGAGGCGUAGCGGUAACUCAUUCACAUAUUGCUAGUGUGGCGAGGAAGGGGACGAUGCGUGCAGUGGACUUGGACAGUUCGAGUGAAAGGGAGCCCCAUAGGUUUGAAGUAUUGUCCAAUUCGAGAAGAGUGUACGACUUGGAGGCAUGCGAGGGCAGGGAUGGGUCUUCAUAUGUUGUAUGUACUGAUGGUAUGUACGACGUUGCGGUUAGUCGUUUCUCGCCGUGUACGGGGGCCAGACGGGACGCGGGGAUUGCUGGAUGUGAACUGUACAUUCACUUGGAAGGAGAGGAGCGUUCUGAGGUAGCUGAGGUCCAUUGGUGUCCUAUGGUCGUCGAGGGUAUGAGUGACAACGAUGAUGGUGUUGAUAUCGAUCAUGUCUUCUUCACAGUCCAUGCUGAUGGUUCCCUGUGCUUUUGGAGUCUUCGUCAUGUGAGAGCGAUAGUGGCUGCUGGAUCGCAUCCGGUAGCAUCGAACUGCCCCCAAGGGUUUUCGAGGGUCUCUAUAGAAGUUCGGAAGUGCGAGGAUGUGUGUUUGCACGUUUACAGACAGGCUGCGGCGCAUUACAAGGAGACGGACUCAGUUGAUGACGGCAGUGGUAGGGAACUUGAUACAUCAGCCACUGCUGAGGGUAGAGUUGCGGCUUCUAUAUCGACUGAUGGUUCACGACUGGCGACUGCUUGUGGAUCGCAUGUCCGCUACUUCACAGUAAACCCAAGCUCCUGGGAGGUACAUAUAAUUGCUGAACAUGAUAUAGCUUCGGGAGAGGAAGUUCGAGGCAUCAAGUCCGCUAUCAUCGGCUGCACUGAGACUAUCUUCAUAAUACUCGAGAAGGCACUGGUGAUCGCCCUGCAGUUCAAAGGAGAAAUUCAAAUUGGACAAGUCAUUCGCCUCACAAGUGCCUCGUCGGUGUCGUUCGUCGGCAGUGUUGAUGCUGUGACGCUAGAGGCAGUAGUUCCUGAGGCUGCCUCAGUGGACACCGAGGAGCUCACUGUGGAGGCCCCGUCGGAAACCCUCACGAUAGCCCUGCUCACACAAGCAACUCUUUGCAAGUCCUAUUGGAUGCUCCUAUCGGCGGGCAGUAUUACCUUUUAUGAAGUUGAGGGCGUUGGUAUAGCGAGUGGCUUUGUCGCACACAGUAACCCGAAUCCAUCAGCAUAUACGAUGGUCACUUGGUCGGUAGGCGACCCUGGACAACCCAAAUAUCAAUAUCUUUAUAGUAACGGUGCAGUGUUGGAGUUGGAUCGAAUAGCGACAGUGUUGAAGGAGGCAGCUGAGAAGAGGACGGGUGAUGGAGUUGAGGACAUUGAGUCGGAGAAGAAGCUGAUCACAGAGACUGUCGAGGAGAAGAGCGAGCCUCCGAGGAGUGGCGGCAUGAAAGCAAGCGACUUGAUAAAGCAAAUGCAGAAAAUCCGUAGUGCGCAGCAAGCUGCUAAGUUGAGUGAUGCGGCGACUACAGCUGCUUUGGAGGUCAGUGGGGCUCCUCUGCCGGGGGAGAUAUCCUCAGGGGAAGAAGUUGAGGAAGGCGCUGCUAGGACGAUCUCAGAAGAGGAGUCAGUUGCUGCUGCUGAUGACCAUGACUCUGCUAUGGCGCAAUCACCGGCUGGGAAGGGCUCGUCGAACGCUAGGAGGACCGGUCCGGCGUCUGAGUCAGUGGGUAGUAGUCUGUCGCCGAGGAAAGGAGUAAUAGCAUCGACAGCAGCAGCAGCAGUGGUAGGAGAGCAGGAGAAGGAGCCUCUUUCGGAGAAGUUUGUCCCAAGCAGUGAUCCGCUGACGGCCAGACAAGUGCGGAAGUUCAUCAGGUUCCUUGCGGAUAGUGUUCAGGUCGCUUGCCAGAAGACGGUCGAGGCUGCUUCCUCGGAGGAGCCAGUUGAGGUGGACGGAUCGCUCAGCACGGAGGUGGGCAAGCUGAGCCGAUGCCUGGCCGAGGAUAUGACGCCGGAGGCUCUGACCGGCCAUAUGAUGGUAUCGGAUAAGGUCUGGCGAGGUGUCAGACGGCUGUCGAGCUCUGUUGAUGGCGCCGGCGAGGAGGUCACUUCGGAAGUGGCCAGGACCCUGCCUGGCAUCGUGAAGGAGCUUUUUGUGGAGAAGGCGGUCCCUGCAGUGGUGGAGGCACUGGAGGAUAAGGUCACGGAAAUCAACACCUUUGAGCAACCCGAUUCGUCCGCGAACGAAGGUGCACUUGGGAGCCUCGCUGACGAUAUAGUCCGCGUGGACGAGGAAGUCCGUGGUCUUGGGGUUAGUUUGGGACAGAUGGAAGCUAUACUGCGACGGACGGAGCAUCAGGCGGCUGAGAGCAUGGGCAACCAGCAGGAAUCGGUCCUUGGCAUUGUUGAGAUAAUAGAGGCUCUGAAGGCGUCAGGGAUUGGCAGAAGAAGCGGCUCCGCUUCGGAGUCUAUUGAUGCAUCACAGAUAGCAGCGUCGGUGGCGAUGGGUCUCCAGGAUGAUAUUGAGGAACUGAAUGAGCAGGCCAGUGAACUGAGGGCUGAUGUGGAUAGACUGCAUACUCGUGCUGGUGAGGCUCCACCGAGUUCGUCGUAUCUGCAAGCGGACCCGAGGCCUGAUUGGCAGAGAGUGAAAGAGUAUCUUAGGUCACAGCAGUAUCACUGGGCUGUCGCUACUGCCCUUGAGAUUAGGGAGAACACAUCGAGUAUUCUGCCUCCCAUGAGACCGGAGCGCCUUCAGGAUGAUUUAGUGGGGUUCGCCUGUUUCGAAGUGGAUAAGCUGGCUAGUGUGGAUUCGUUCGUACGGAGCGUCGCUGGUGUUGAUUCUCCCUCCCGCACGUGGCCACAGGAAAAGUGCGAUCGUCUGAACUUAGCGUUAAUGCAGAUGUUACGAUUGGUCGACUAUCUAGUCUGGGCGAGCGCUACCUUCACAGCCUCAGAGGAUCUCGGCAGUCUAGAGUCGGUCGUUAGAGUGAUCGGAUUGGACGCUAAUGCGGUUGAGGAGCUCUGCAGGGCUGGGGCUGCCCAGAGGCCGGAUAUGGUCAAUCAGAGCCUCUCUCGAGUCGUCACUCGUCUGCGUGCUGUCAAAUUCCGAUCGUCGGGGAUGCGACUGGCUGUUACCGAGCUACGGUCACAUCUGUUGAGCAUUCAGAACGACGGUGUCUUUCGGCGGUCUCAACCAUUGGCCGCUCCUAUGCCGUCCUGGAACAACCCCGGAAACGCCGAGUCACCUUUGAUGAGUGGAUCGUUGAGGAGCUCAUUGGGUUAGAAUAUGGUACGCCCUGAGUCGUGAAGUUCGCCUGAUUUGAUCACCGACUAUUACUCCCGUUUACUGUGUCCAGAG